CGAAGCAGGUGUCACCUUGACCACCUCCCUCCCUUUCUCUGGUCCAGACCUGCACAGCCUGGCAGCAGAGAUGUCUUUUCUGGGAAAAUGCAAAAGAAAGCUUCACGACUGGUGACCUCUACUAGCAUAUAAAAGCCGUGAGUGGGGACUGAAUCAGUCCUUAAGUCACAAGUCUCAGCAUCUGUCCCUGCCUUUGAAUCGAGCAGCAGAAGCUCUGGGUCACUGAAGAGACGUGUCUGUGAGUCCAGGGGAGGUCAGAGUAUUUGCCCACUAACCCCAGAGAGAUCUCCAGUGACCAGUCAUGGGCCAUUCAUUCUCUUCCUUACCUGCUGAAGAAAGACCAAGGUUUUUGGCCUCAAAUAUGAUACAUGAAUGCAACAAUCCAUCUACUGGAGGGGAAGACUCACUGUUUCAAGCAAGAAUCAUUUUGAUCAGAUCAGCCCUGCAGGAGGGGAGACUUGAAGAAGCUGUACCUAUAAUCAGUAAGAUGAUUGAAGACAUGGAUAAUGCCCUCCUGAACAUUGCCCUGACAGGGGAGUCAGGUGCAGGAAAGUCCACUUUCAUCAAUGCCUUCCGGGGGGUUGGGCAUGAAGAUGAGGAUGCUGCUAGCACUGGGGUCGUGGAGACAACCACAAAUAUUACUUUUUAUGAACACCCAGAGCUACCUAAUGUAAAGCUAUGGGACCUGCCAGGCAUUGGGACCCUUCAUUUCAAACCAGAGAGUUAUCUAGAACAAGUGAACUUUAGUCGCUAUGAUUUCUUCGUCAUCAUUUCCUCAUCAAGAUUUCGAGUCAAUGAUGCGAAGCUUGCCCAGAAGAUUAGAGAGAUGGGGAAGAAGUUUUACUUUGUGAGAACCAAAGUGGACAUUGAUUUGAAUAAUGAAAGGAGAUCCAAGCCCAGGACCUUCAAGGAGGAGAAUGUUCUGCAGAUGAUACGAAACAACUGCCUACAACAUCUGCAGAAAAUAGGGAUUGAGGACCCAAAAGUCUUUUUGAUUUCCAGCUUUGAAUUAGAAUCCUAUGAUUUCCCUAAAUUGCAGGAUGAAUUGGCAAAAGAGCUUCCAGAGCACAAACGCCAUGUCUUUUUUCUGUCCCUUCCCAAUAUUACUGAGGACAUAAUUGACCAAAAGAAAGCUAGUAUUCAGAAAAGGAUCUGGCUGGAGGCCUUGAAGACUGGCACAAAGGCCUCUCUCCCUUUUGUGGGUAUCAUUAAAGAUGAUGAUAUUGCUCAAUUAAAGAAGCAUUUGAUCAACUAUCAAAGAAAAUUUGGAGUAGAUGAUGCAUCUCUUCUUAAGAUCUCCCAGGCAUCCAAUAAGCCUAUGGAAGAGGUGAAGGCCCUUAUCAAGUCUCCACAUCUGUUGACAGUUACGAGGGAUGAAAGCAUCAGUGAGAGACUUUUAAAGUAUGCGGAGGUAUACUUCUCAGUGAAUGGAGGUCUAGUUGCCUCUGGCUUCUACUUCAGAAAGAGUUACUAUACACACUUGCACUUCCUUGAGACAGUGGCCAAUGAUGCUAAAAUUCUCCUCAGCAAACUAUGGGAAACCUCUGUUUGAAGAAUACUGGACAAACAUGGGCUUUCCAGCAACAUAGAGGAGCUGGUGGGCCUGGAACAAUGACCUUUGUUAGGGCUGGCCAGGCCCAUUCCCCUCCAUACCUAUUAAUGCUAGUUUGAUUAGAAUUUUAAUGGGGGAAAAUCAUAAAAACUCUGACUAUGAGUUAAGUUGUUAACUACCCUCUUCAUGUUUCACUUCCCUUAUAUAAGUUUGUUGAUUCUUCAUACAUAGUAAGCACUUAAUAAAUGGUU